AUGGACUACCGCAUGCUCGGCCAUGAGUGCCCCUCCCCCCCCCGACCUCCGGAGAAUGAAGCUUUUGACCAAGUGUUUAAGAAGGAGGUGGACGCAUGGGCCCAGGAAGAAGAAGAGACAUCGAAGGCAGACGUUGGGAACGUAGAGCUAGAGAAAGAGUUCACUGAGGACGACGCCGAGGCGUGUGUGAACAAGCUGCAGUGCCACAAAGCAGCAGGGGCCAAUGGGAUAGUCAACGAGCUCAUGAAGUUUGGGGGAAAGGGGAUGAUCCAGCUGAUGGUACUGCUAUACAAUUGGGUGUGGAAAAACGAGAAUGCGCCAAGAAACUACAGGAGGAUCACACCGUUUAACACAGGAGGAAAAGUGUUCUGUAAGCUGCUGAACGAUAGGAUAGUGGGAGUAUCGGAUAACGAACAAAGCAUAAGUGAGGGCCAGGCAGGUUUCCGCAAGAAGAGGGGGUGCGAAGACCACGCAUUCAGGGUAGGAAGAAUCAUCCAAGGUAGAAGGACGGCGGGAAAGCCGACGUACUGCUUCUUCCUGGACGUGAAAAAGGCAUACCAUACCGUAUGGAGAGGUGGGCUGUGGAAACAACUUUCCAAGUACGGGAUCAAGGGGAAAAUGUGGAGAGUGCUGAAGAAGAUGACAGAGUGGACACUGAAACUUCGGUGUCGGGAAUGCUGUUUGCGGAUGAUGUCGGACACCGCUGAGGGACUGCAACUGCAUAUUGACGCGGCGGAGAAGGUUACUGAUACGUGGAGAUUAUCUGCCAACGUUCAGAAGAGUGCCGUCAUGUUAUGCAACGAGAACAAGGAGGAACCAGUAGAACAUAGAUGGAAGUGGGGGAUCGAGGAGAUUGCAGUAGUGGACCAGUACACAUACCUCGGAGUAGAGAUCGCAAAAGACUGCUCGUGGAAUGCACACAUGUCCAAGGUAGCGGAAAAGGGCAAAGCACGAGCAGGGAAGCUGCACCCAAUACUCGCAAACCGGCACCUCGAUACACGCAGCAAAUUGAAGAUUUUGAAGAUCGCAAUCGCGAAGUGGGCAAACAAAAAGAGGGGUAGGCAACCCACGGAAUGGGUCAAGCUUGUAGAGGACGAAUGGAAGGCGUUCGACAUCGACGAAGAUGAAACGCUGGAAACGGAGGGUCUACAGGGGUUCAAGGAGAAGAUAUCUGUUGCUUGUGCCGAGAGAGAAGAACAGAAUCUGAGGAAAGAAUCCAAGGAUAAGGAGGGUCUAGAAGUGUACGGAAUGUUGAAGGAAGGAAUAGGGUUCAAGGACUACCUACAUGGACCAAUGGAUGCAGGAACAAAGCUUAAGGUCAAAUUCAGGACCGGGGACAUAGGCCUUCGAGAACGUCGACGAAGACAUAGGACGGUAGACGAGGAAGACGACGAGAUCAAAUGUGCUUGCGGCUCCGAGUGCGAUGACCGAGUUCAUGUAGUCACGGAAUGUCCGUUGUACAAGAAGGAGAGGGAAGUGUACGUGACUGAGCUGGGAAAAAUAUAAGGAGGUACAGGGAGAUGUUUGAGGC